CGGGUUAAUAAACGGGGAGGUGAAGGCGCAUCCUUACAUAAUGUAAAUAAAAACAUUGCAUCCACCGCGUGCUCACAGUGAUGCGCGCAGCGUGAAGUCCCGGAUGAUGCUCGCACCGGAAGAGAAGGGGCAGCUCUCCCAGCCAUCUUGUGGCAGCAUCCAGCGAACUGGUCGCAGCAAGCCUCGUAGAAUCGGAGGUGAAUCCCGCUGAAGGGGCGCCAUCAUGCCCGGACACCUGCAAGAAGGCUUCGGCUGCGUCGUAACCAACAGGUUCGACCAGUUAUUGGACGACGAGUCCGACCCGUUCGAGAUCCUGAAAGCGGCCGAAAACAAGAAGAAGGAAGGGGCCGCUGCUGGUUCCACCAAGACCGCGGCUCAAGCCGCCAAGCAGCCGAAGAAGGAGUCGCAGAAGGACAGGAAAAACCCGCUGCUGGACAAAAAGGAGGACUCUCAGGCCCCGGUGCCCCUGAAAAAAGAAGGCAUCAGGCGGGUGGGCAGAAGACCGGACCAGCAGGGCCAGCCUGGAUCCCAACACCAGGGCGGGCAGGGUGAGGGGCGACCUGGAGACAAGAGGCCGGACCGGAGGCCACCUCGCGAGCGCCGCUUCGAGAAGCCCGCUGAGGAGAAGCCAGAGGGAGGAGGAGAGUUCCCCACAGACAAGCCCUCUGGAGACAGGCCCCUGAGAGGGCGUGGUGGCGGCCGGGGUGGGCGUGGCGGAAGAGGACGGGGCAUGGGCCGGGGAGAUGGCUUUGACACGCGCGGGAAGCGAGACUUCGACCGACACAGCGGCAACGAGAAAUCCAAUCCUAAAACCGAGGAAAAGCGCAGCGGCGCCGGCUCGCACAACUGGGGCAACGUGAAGGAAGAAGCAAGCGAAGCUGAGCCAACUGCUGCUCCUGAGACGACCCCAGAGGGCGAGGAAAGCGCUCCGGCUGGCUCCGAGAACAAAGAGAAUGAGGUGGAUGAAGUGAAAACCGAAGGCCCCAAGGAGAUGACCCUGGACGAGUGGAAGGCCAUGCAAGACAAGGAGCGCACCAAGGUGGAGUUCAACAUCCGCAAGCCCAACGAGGGCGCCGACAGCCAGUGGAAGAAGGGCUACGUGCUGCACAAAUCCAAGAGCGAGGACAGGCCAGUCGGUGCUUUGAUCGACGCCCCCGAGACAGAACCAGAACCCCCGGCCGUCUACCAAAAGGGCGCCGCCGACGAGUCCGCCGACCACCACUUCCGCAAGCCGGCCAACGACAUCACGUCUCAGCUGGAGAUCAACUUUGGAGACCUCGGCCGGCCCGGUCGCGGACGCGGGGGCGCUCGCGGAGGCCGAGGGGGCCGCGGCGGGGGAGGCAGCCGGACGGCACGCGGGGGCGGACGGUCCGAAAAGGCAAGCGGAGCAUCGGUCCCCAACGUGGACGAUCCCGAGGCCUUCCCAGCCCUGGCCUGA